GAUGAAGUUCCACCCCCAACAGCUUUCUCGCUUCGCAGGCUAGAAUCUCAGUAAUUUUCAAUUACAAUUUAGAUAAUUUAAAAUUCGACACGUAAAAGACAUAAAACAAAUAUUAAAAAUACAAAGGAGACAAAAGAAUAUAAUCGGACAGGAAUAAACGCGUGACAAUUUGAUAGAGCAAUUUAACAAAUGCUCAAUCAAUUGCUAGGAAACGGAAGCAAGAAGAGAGAAUGCAUGGAUUUAUUUCCCGUUGUGGUAAAAGUUAAUAAUCCAGUCGGUUCAAGGGUAAACGUGUUUAAAUUAAGAAUACAACGUCAAUGUUGUAAAAUAAGAAAUCUUUCGAUACAGCCGAGAUCUACUGACACUGUGUUUUAUGUCACGCAAAUUUAAAGUUUGGAUCACCUAUAAUCUCAUCGAUCGGUAAAUAAAGCGAAAGGAAAGAGCCAAAUAAUGGGGGAACGGAGCGUUAUACCUAUUGAGGAAAAUCAACACUCUGUGGUUGCCAAGAUUUGUAAUCCGUGGACGUGGCGACUCGCAAAUGUUGUCAUGGCUUUGUUUUUCGCUUUGGCUGCAUAUGUUCAGGUGAGUAUCGAAAUUUGUUGCAUUGUCUACUGAAAUAUUUCUUGCUAUGAUUUAAGGCCCGAAAGUUACAGUGAAAAUUAGCCAGUCGAUCGUCUGACGGUUUUGCAAAAAUAUCGCGGUUAAAACUUUAAUAGACUUUCUUAAAGUACUCUGAGAUUCGCUGUUGGUUCUCUCUUCUUGACUAAAGCACAUUUUCUGCACUUCAAUAAACUUGGCACUUUGACGCAGUCGUAUCUGUCUUUGUCAGUUAGUAUUCCUGCUGUACGAUACGAUACGAUGCAUGCAUGAGUACUUAAGUGCCUUUUCCAUUUAGAAGGAUAUUUUGAGGUCUUGAGGUUUUUAAAAAGUAAUAUAAGAGUAAAAUCGGUUUGUGUUUAUUGGUUAAAAUACAGUGGAACCUCGGGGGGGAUAUCUCGACCAACAUUUGGGUAAACUAGAGUGAGCCGCUGAGGGUUUGAAACCCUGACCCUGUUUGGGACAAAAACAGCCUAAAAUACAUGACCAUACCUAGCCUGUUUAGGACAACCACCCUCAAUUUUAUAACUCUGUUUAGGACAAAGGAAAAAAUGCAUUCCGUCUUGUUUGAAAGCCAUUCAUUGGCAAUUGCAAUAGAGAAAAUUCAUGUCAUAAUCAUUGCUUUUUUAUACAAAAUUCAUGUAGGAAAUCAAAUCAAUCGUGCAGGAUAUGCCCUUUUAACAGACUCUUACGAAAUUAUAUACCUUCUUUAGGGCAAAGAAGUCAAAAACCAUACCCUAUCCAUUGGCACAUCAACAUAUAGGCCACAUAAUUAUUAUACUACAAUAGGGCAAUGGACAAGAGAUAGAAACUUAGAUGAUUUCUUUCCAGUGAGUUGAGAUUUAUCCAGUGGAUAGCCGUAUCCACCUCAGUUUUGGCCAAUGGGAGCCUUCAGGUCUGCAAAGCAAGUGAGACUGCAGGGCCCCCUUGUCCACGUGCACCCCCCCCCCCCCAACCUUCAAUGUCCUUAAGUCUACAAUAGGGGUAUCCGAGGCUUAUUAAAUUUCAUCUUUAUUUUUAUUGACAGACAAAUGACCCAGAUCCGGUAAUUUGGGUGGUAAGUAUUUAUGUUAAUUCAGAAAAUAUAUUGCAAUUUAUAUAUUUCUUUAUAAUAAAGGGCAAGAGCUGAGCAUUGCAGUAGCAUGGAAGGACUUAGUAUAGACAAGUUUGUAAUGAGGCAUAACACAUUAAUGUUUUGUUUUUAAAAUUAAUUCAAUUUCAGCUAAUGUAUGCAAUUCCUUGUCUACUCUGUAUGUCUUUGGUGGCUAACUCAUCAUUACAAGGUAUUUUAAUACUUUCUCAUCAUCAUCAUUAUCAUGAUCAUCAUCGUCAUCAUCAUCAUUGUCAACAUUAGUUUAAUUAGUUUUUUUUCUAAAGUGCUUAAUGUAACUUAUAGUGAAACAUUUGUAUGGGGACCAUACACCACUAGAAAAUAAUAUCAAUACCUUAAUAAAUAAGUACACUGUAUGGCCCACUAAAAAAGUUUCUAAAAAUGAAGUUAUUAAAAAAAUAAUAUUUGGUCUUAACAGCCUUUAUUGCCCAGUCAUAAUUAAUAAGAUCUUAACAGUUAUUAAAGGUAAAAAGCCAAUUUCAUGGCUUAGGGUAAUUGCCCUACUAACAAUUGGCAUCAAAAAAUGUGACAAUCACACAGUGUGAACCUUACUUUCAAAAACGUUUAAAUGAAACUGCAAUAUUUUUUUCUUUUCUUUUCUUUCCAGUCUCAUGUAAAUAUUAUUUAUACAUAAGAUAUGUGCAGACAUGCUUUAGCGCUAUUCCCUUGCUCCUUAUCAGGUUAUUAUAAGUAGGAUCUAAUGCUGAAUUUUUCUUUUUGGAAGAUCACUUUCUCUGGAAACUAACAGCUGCCAUUCACCUUGGUGUAUGUAGCGUUGGAGUGACCUACUCAUUCAGUGUCUUACUUUCAUCUGAAACUGGCUCAAAAAACCUUCUGAAAUCUGAAGAGGGGAGGUAAAGAUAACACUAAACCUGUAAACAUUUUGAUCUUCACCAGAAAGCUGGAGUUUGUGAAACAUGGUUCACCAUAAUGUAUUCAGUAAAUUAAUGUGUAGUCUCUUGAUUCAAACUCGUAGUAGAAUGAUGAUGGCUAUCAUCCCACCAAAAUGACGCUGGCUCACUUGCGAGCACUACUUAUUAUUGAGAAAAUCUUGUACUCGUAGUUGUCCUUGUCUUAGAAUCUAAAGGUCUCUAGUUUCCAUACAUACCUCCCCUUCUGCAGAAGAAAUCUUUUCUCUACCCCUCCCCCCACCCUGGUUACUUGCAAAGUAAGCGACGUAAAUAAAUAAUUACACAUUUGUCAUUUCAGGGAAAUUGCAGGUUUACUGAUUGUGGUAUUCUGGUUGGUUCUCUGCCAAGUGACAAAACUCAAAAGGUGAUAAAUGGGGACAAGUUUGAGGUCUAAUUAGAUUGCUUAAAACAUCAAGGAUAAUAAUAAUAUUAUUUAUCACACAUGCAGACACAAAAUUUUUUUAUCUUGCGAUAUUACAAUAUUGGUUUCAGUCCAGUUUGAAAAGCAAUAACUUUUAGGUGAUAAAAAAUAUUGUUAUGUAUUACAGUUGAACCUCAAUGGGUAACCACCACCUAUUCAAAAGAACAAAUUUUGGUUUCUCAGUCAAAGUACCAACAGUUUUAACCUCUUGUUCCAGGGGUUUAGAGGCAGUGAGUGGUGGGGUCUAUCUGUAAGAGUCUUGGAGCUUAAAUAGAGAAAUACAGUAUAAUAUGUAUCACUCAGACUCUAGGUCUUACUAACAACUAACUCCACAAUUACUUUACAGCUUCACGGAGAGCACUGCCUAUCUUUGGACUGCGACAGUGGCCAUUUCUGUCAUUCCUUUUUUUCUCUGGUCCUACUACAUGUACACAUGGGAUGUGUCCUCUUUACAGAGCCACUGCAAAGAUAUCAUGUCAAGACAUCUGUUUAGACAACAAGAGAUGUAGAUUUUUAGUGUCGAAUUAUAGAUAUAAGUAGUUUUUAGCCUCAUUAAGGAUGAGCAUUAUAAUAAAGAGUCCUUGAAAGGCCAGUUAUGGUCACAAUGAUAUUGCCAUUGGCCAUGGAUCCCAGUCUUUACCUCGGCUCAACUUCACAGGCAUGCUGCCAUUGAGUAAAGACCCUAAGUAGUCUCAAGUAUAGUUUUAAUAAUAAAUAAUUAAUUAAAACUUAUAUAGCGCAAUUUUCCAUGGAGCAUGACCAAAUGCGCUUUACAACAGGUUAAAAAGACUAAAAAUGACUAAAAUUUACAAGCGGUAAAAACUCAGGCCAGGCUAAGUAUACUUGCGACUGUGGGCUACUAGGUCAGCAGCAUAACGAUUUGAAGUUUAAUAAAAAACCGGCCGAGGCUAACUGACCAUAUUUUUUGAGAAGGAAUACUUAAUUUUCAGGGGUACCCUGAACGAGAAUAUAGUUCGAAACCAUUUAAACAUAGCGUUGUUAAACGUAUUUUAUUAUUAAAACGGUAGACUAGGCAUAUUUUUAUCCCCUAAAAAGUUUUCAUCUGUUCGGAUUUCCUAGCUGAAAGUCUAGUGAUCCGAAAAUCAUAGGGAUCAACACUUACCUUUUCGAAAAUUUCAGCCAGAAAAAGAGCUCCCAAAAAUUCUAGGUGACCUUUUUAGGGUAAAAAUCCGUUAAAAAUGGGAAAUUAUACCAUUUUUUAGAUGUUCGAAAAUCCUAGGAGAGGUAGGCAAGCAAGAAAUUUUACAACAAAUGUUCCGAAAAUUCUAGAUCUCAAAUCGUCUUCCGAACAGA